CAUAUUCUGUUACAAUAAACGAAGAUCCUUCAAAGUUCGACGAACUUAUUUUUUAUACAUUUCUUUUCAAAUAUACAUUUCAUAAUAAAUAAAAUAUGCAGCUCGAAUUAUAUAAUCAGAUAAUAACUUCAAUUCGACAAUUUCAUGGAUUGUCGAAGGAUUGUGCAAAAAUGUUAAAGGAAAAAUACGACAAUGUGCCAAAUAAUACAUUGUACAGUAUAUUAUCGUUAGAGAUACAACAAAAGAUGAAGAUCAAUCACACUAAAAUGUUUGGUCCCAAUAAAAAUUAUUAUGAAAGUUACAUAGAAGCUGUACAGAAUGGAGAACCUAUAGGGAUCUUAUUAAAAAUGGCAAAAGACAUAGAUGCACCACCAGCUUUAUUAGCGCGUAAUGUUUUAGAAAAACAUUGUGGCCAGGAAGAUUCUACUGUUUCUCGAAAGGAUAUUAGCAGACUUUUUAAGGAUACAACUCUAAUAGAAGAUAAGGAUCUAUCUUAUGAAGUGUAUUUGUGUAUAUUAUACGAUGAUCUUUACGGACCGAUAGCAGAUGCUAUGGGCAAUUCGAUAGGUCAAGAAUAUGAGAUGAAAUUACAGAAUUAUUUGAUAGAACGAAAUCUCGCGUUUCGUAACGAAGAACAUUUACGAUCAAGAGGAUACGACAAAACGCCAGAUUUUAAACUGGAAGUUCCUAUCGCGGUGAAUGGUUUCGUUGUUAAUUGGAUUGAAUCAAAGGCGCGUUUUGGUAAUCCUGAAAUGCAUCAAAAAUAUAUAAAGGAACAAUUUCUAAGUUAUUGGAAUAGAUUUGGUCCUGGUCUCGUUAUUUAUUGGUUUGGUUAUUUGAAUACUCUGAAUCAACCCAGUGAGAAGAAAUUUAUUAUUAUGGAUCAUUUUCCAGAAGAAAUCACGUAUAUGGAUCCAAAUUCGAUCAAACCAACAACAUCGUGAUUGUAAAUAAUAUUAUAGUUUAUUAAUUUUUUUUUUUUAUUUUUAUUUUUUUUUUUUUUUUAUUUUUAUUUUUUUUUUUUUUUUUUUUUUUUUAUAUAUCAUUUUAAUCACAAUUUUCACAAUCGUAUAAACAUUUCAAACGAAAUACAUCCUUGUUUUUCUCUCUAAUAUACAUGUAAAUCCGUCCUUGAAUAAGAAGAACUCGAAAACUAGAGCACGGUGGCUGUAAACGGUAGAAACGCACCUGGGUUUGCCGCGCAAGCGAGAUGAUACGCUUAUUUAUAUAUCCAGCUGUGUUUGUCCGUAAGCGCCGCCGCUGUCGUGAUUUCAAAGCCAGUGUGCAGUUUUCGGGCAUCGGUUAUCAUCGUACGUACGGAAUCAGGAAAAACGUCAGGAAAUAUUUGAGGAAAAAUAUUUCUCAUUAUUUUAGUCGCGAAUGUGAAAAGUGAUAUCGAUUUUGAAUUGUAGUGUUCGUUAAACUUUAUAUAUGUAACAUCGAAGUAACAUAAAAAAGUGUUUCGUGAAAGUUCAUUGGUGAAGCGAAAAAUAAACUACGUUUUGCAUAACAAUAAACGUCUGCACGAGUACACGAUAACGGCUCGUUUAUCUGUCUCACCUUUUUCUAUAAUAAGUUGAAUUUUUUUUUUUGAACAAGUCGUUAUCAACGUGCGAACAUCAAUUAUAUUUAUCGCUUCUUAUCGAUUAAAUGAUCAGUAAUAACGAAUUUGAUCAAGAGUAUAAAACUUAAUGACAUUAACCGGCUUCUUUUGUGUGUAUGUGUGCUCUACAUUUGCUAGUUCAAGGUCUUUCGAUACCUUGAAUCGAUUGAAUUGUAUGUGAAAGAGAGAGAGAAAGAGAGAUAGAGAAGAGAGAUAUAUAACCAUUGCAAGAUAACGCGAACGCAGACGCGUCAAGUAUUCAGCAUUGAGAAAGAGAAAAAAAA